ACUAAAGAAAAUCACCUUGUACAAGAAAGAGUUCAAAACAGACAUGCUCACAGCUAUCAAUGGACACAAGACUCAGGAGGUCCAGACUUGGCUGACUAAAGCAGAAGAAUUCAUCAAAGCGGCAGAGGAACCUGUACGAGUUGGUGAUGAAUUUGCCAAGAAGGAGUGUUUCUUUCGGCUGUGUCCCAAUCCCAUUCCUCGUUACAAGCUCAGCAAGGAAGCAGAGAAGAAUUUGCUGGAUAUUGUUCAACAUCUGGAAGUAGCUCGUCAAUUCGGGGGCCUCUCACUUUCCCACGCUCCUCCUCCACAACAGGACGUGGCUACACUUGUGGAAGGUUUUGAGGAGUUCCGCUCGAGAAAGAUUGUCUUGGACCAGAUCAUGGAGGCACUAAGAAGUCCAACCGUUAACAGGAUUGGAGUGCAAGGGACUUCUGGGAUGGGGAAGACGAUGCUUGUAAAAAUGGUUAAAGCAAAAGCCAAGAAAGAGAGCUUGUUCACUGCAGUAGUUAUGGCUACGGUGACGAAGGACUGGGAAGUGAAAACUAUUCAAGAAGAUAUCGCACGCGACUUGGAUGUGGAUCGUCUUCCUUUCACAAAGGAUACAGAUCAACAAGUUGCAGAUUCAAUAAGGGGAAAGCUGAAGAAAGUGAAGAAAUUUCUUGUUAUUUUGGAUGACGUUUGGGAGACUGAUGUAGAACAACUUUCCAAGAAAUUUGGAAUCCCUUCUGAAAGUGAGAUGAAGCAGGCUACGGAGACAAAGAAUGAAGAAAGCUCAUCUGGACAAGAAGAUAUGCUCUGCAAGAUUCUACUAACUUCCAGAUUUCACCAUGUUCUCUCUUCUAUAAUAGAUGAGAAAGAUCCGAUCUUUGAGGUGCGUAAAUUAGAAGAUGAUGAACCAUGGCAUCUAUUCAAGAAGAUUGUUGGCAGCAAUAUUGAAAACUCUGAUUUUCAACCGAAAGCUAAAGAGAUUGUUGAGAAAUGUCUCGGGUUGCCUGUUGCUAUUGUAUCUGUUGGAAAGGCCAUGAGAAGGAAGACUAAACAAUUUGAGUGGGAAGCUGCUCUUACGGAAUUAAAAAAGCCUUCUCCAGACGGUAUAUCUGCAGCUGUUUAUAAGCCUAUAGAGUUGAAUUACAAUAACUUAGAAGGAGAGGAACUCAAGAAAACAUUCAUUCUUUGUAGUUUUCUGGGCCGUAACUCUUCUAUUGACGACUUGUUAAAAUGUGUCAUGGGCUUGGAUUUAUAUCAAAAAGUGAACACAAUAGAAGAUACAAGAGCCAAUGUACUGAACUCGGUUAGUCUUCUCAAACAGUCAUCUUUGUUAGUUGAUGGUAAGAGCAGUUUGCAUUUUGAUAUGCACGAUCAGAUUCAGGAGGUUGCCUUAUCAAUUGCUUUUAGAGACCACGGUGGGUUAGCUUUAGUAGAUGAGGCUGCGGGGAAAAAGUGGAAAGAUAAGAAGUCAUUAGAAAAAUUGAAGUGGAUUUCUUCGCCAAAUGGUCAUAUUGAGCUUCCAGCCAUUGAGUUCCAAUGUCCACAGCUCACUUUCUUUUAUCUGUCUAACAACGCUCAGUCUCUACAAUUUCCAUCAGAGUUCUUUAAAAAGGCAGAUGGACUCCAUGUCUUGUGUUUGACUAAAGUUGACCUUAAGUCAAUGCCUUUGCCAAUUCCCUUGAUCCCAACAAACCUUCAUUCCUUAAUUCUAGAUCAAUGUGCGUUUAAAGUCGAAGGCCUCAGAGCCAUUAUGGGGAAUCUAGUGAAUUUAGAGGUCCUUAGCCUUGCAGGUUGUGAUAUUGAAGAGCUGCCAGGAGAAAUAGAGAAGUUGAGCAAGUUAAAGUUGUUAGAUGUGAGCAACUGCACCAAACUGAGAGUAAUUCCGCGACAAGCCUUAGCGAGUUUGUCCAGAUCUUUGGAAGAGCUAAAAAUGGGAAACAGCUUCAACCAAUGGAAUGUGGGGGAAGGAAAUGCUAGGCUUGAUGAGUUAGCAGAGUUGCAUAAGCUAACUGCUUUAGAGGUACGUAUUCCUAAUUUCCGACCAAUUUUGUUCCCUGAAAAUCUAAGAAGGUUCCAGAUUUUCUUAGGAGAAGUAUGGUACUUUUGGGACCGCUCUUUUGAAAGCUCAAAAAGAAUGAAGCUAAAGCUACAGGGUGCAAGCAUUAAAUCUGAUGAAUCAGUUAAAAAGUUGUUGAAGAAGACAGAAGAUCUGUCCCUACAGGGAUUAAAUGGUGUUGAGAAUUUAGUUUGUGAGUUAGAUGAUGAAGGUUUUCAACAUCUGAAGUGUCUCCAUGUCCGAAAUGCUCCAGACAUUCAACACAUCUUUAACCCAGCAGGGAGGUUGCUGCCUUCCCAUGUCUUUCCCAUCUUGGAGGUAUUGACUCUUUCCAAUUUGGAAAAAAUGGAGAAGAUGUGUCAUGGUCUGACUGGAGCAGCACCUUUUAAAGUAUUAAGAAAGAUAACCGUUGUUCUUUGUCAUCAAUUGAAGAAUCUAUUCUCCUUCUCCAUGGCCAGACAACUUCAACUUCAAGAAAUAACAGUAGAAUAUUGCAACAACAUGGAAGAGAUUAUUGAUGACGUGGAGGAGCAGGGCAAAGGAAAUGAUAUCGUUGAAGAAAGUGGAGGAUGUAAGCUUGGCAACAAUCUGCGGUCCUUAACAUUAGCAUCGCUAGCGAAACUGACUAGCUUCAACAGUGGUAAUUGCAGGGGCAUCUCACUUUUCAACGAUGAGUUUCUGUUUCCAAACCUAGAGGAGCUGCAAUUGUCAUGGAUUAAUGUUGACAUGAUAUGGAUAGCAUCUUACUCAUGUGUUGAGAACCUGACGAAAUUGAUAAUUCGUGGCUGCGAUAACUUGAAAUACCUAUUCUCAUCCACUAUGGCUAGAAGUCUAGUGAAGCUCGGACACCUUGAAAUAAGGGAAUGCAAGGUGAUGACAGAGGUUCUUUCUAGAGAGAAUGAAGAAGAAAAGCGGAAUUUGAUUUUCCCUGAGUUGAAAUUUCUACAGUUAGGGCAACUCCAAAACCUUGUUAGCUUCUACUAUGGAGAUUCUACCAUUGAGUUCUCAUCCUUGAAUGAAUUGAUUGUAUGGGACUGCCCAGAGUUCAAGGGUUUCGCAGUUAUGUCUACAAACAUAGAUGUUGCAGCAGGUAUUCAACCCCUCUUCAACGAACAGAUUACCCCUUCAGUUGACCGUCACUUGCCUGUUUCCACAUUGCCUGUGUGGCAUUCACUUUCCCAUGUCAGGUUGGCCUUUUGAAGUUGCUUUUUUUAUAGUGUUUUUUCUCAUAGUAUAUCAUAAAAGUAUUAAUUUAUU